CUCACCCGUCCAAAGGCGGGACUUCCGGUCCUGGCCCCACCUGGGCGGGAUUUCCUGUUUUUUCUUGUAGAAGUGGGUCCUCCCUGGACCCCGGGCGUGGUGGGAAUGGGUCUGAGCGGCGGAGCUGGUCCCCGACGUUCACCCUGCCCCGGCACCAGCGUGCAUGCUCGCGUUCCUCACCCCUCCGGGCGAGGGUCGCUUCCAGCUUGACAGUAUGUGUAACUGCCAUCCUUUCAACAUGGGGUCCAGAGUGAGUGACGGCUACCGAGCAGUUUUGCCUUCUGCUUCUUCAUACUGAAUCUUCAAAACCCGGCAUGGCUGUGACGCUCAUAGCACCUCUCUGCUUGUAGCUGCCACAUUCCAAGGACUGCUGACUCGCAUGUGGGACAGGGCAGAGCCAAAAGGAGACCUGGGGCUGGGAAAGGACGGUGCAGAUAUUUGGGGCAGGAGGGAGGUGGGUGUGAGUGAGGGGUGGUGUGAGGGGCCCGGGGAUAGCAGGUUUGCAGAAAGCACCAAGCUUAGCCAGGCAAAGUGGAUGUGAGGGACAUGAGUGGCAUCCAGGGGGCAGGUGGACAAGGCUGGGUGGGAACAGUAUGGGCACCUGAGCCUCAUCCCCCUUUGUCCUGCUUUGGCCCACAGGGCGCUGAUGGCGUCAGGGCGGCCGGAGGAGCUGUGGGAGGCUGUGGUGGGGGCCGCCGAGCGCUUCCGGGCCCGGACAGGCACAGAGCUGGUGCUGCUGACGGCUGCGCCACCACCACGCCCGGGGCCCUGUGCCUAUGCAGCCCAUGGCCGUGGGGCCCUGGCUGAGGCUGCCCGCCGCUGCCUCCAUGACAUUGCCCAAGCUCAUAGGGCAGCUGCUGCUGCCCGGCCCCCCGGGCCCCCACCAGAACCACAGCCGCCCAGCCCUGCCCCAAGCCCACCCCAGCCUGCCCUGGCCAGGGAGGAUGAGGAGGACGAGGAGGAUGAACCAACGGAGACAGAGACCUCCGGGGAGCGGCUGGGUGGCAGCGAUAACGGAGGGCUCUUUGUGAUGGACGAGGAUGCCACCCUCCAGGACUUGCCCCCCUUCUGCGAGUCAGACCCUGAGAGCACAGAUGAUGGCAGCCUGAGCGAGGAGACCCCAGCUGGCCCCCCAGCCUACUCCAUGCCCCCAGCCUCGGCGCUGCCCACACAGCAGUAUGCCCGGUCUCUGCCCGUGUCGGUGCCUGUCUGGGCCUUCAAGGAGAAGAGGACAGAGGCCCGGUCAUCAGAUGAGGAGAACGGGCCGCCCUCCUCGCCGGACCUCGACCGCAUCGCGGCGAGCAUGCGCGCGUUGGUUCUGCGGGAGGCUGAGGACACCCAGGUCUUCGGGGAUUUGCCACGACCUCGGCUCAACACCAGCGACUUCCAAAAGCUGAAGCGGAAAUACUGAGGCCCACGAAGCUUCUCGGGCCGCGUCCGCCCCGCCCACACUACACCCCCGCCGCGCCCCCGGGGCUGGCCAAUCCCAGCCGGAGCCGGGACAGUCCCCACGAAUCCGCGGUCCCAGGACUGACCCGCCCUGCACUUCCCGCCGCCCUUCCAGCCCUCGAUCUCCCGCCCAGGAGCGCGAUCUGGCCACUCUUCGCGUGGUGUCUGUCGCCCAUUUUUCUGCCCAGCGUCAGAUUCUUUUGAUUGCUUCCGCCCGCCGUCGGGGCCAGGCCGGUCCUAAACCUCCCGGGGUCAGCUCUGCCUAAGCGAAGGUGGUUUCGCUCUCGCGGCCUUGACGGUCCCUGAAGGAGCACUGCCAAGCCCAGGAGUGGGUGGUGGCACCGACUCGAGCCUGGUGACUGGGCAGCUCUGUGAUUGGCUUGAGUCUGCUCGCGGGCUCGGUCAGUCUCCCUAGGCCCGCCCACCCUUCCUGAAUUGUCCCACCUCACUGGCUCGGCGGGGACAGCGGCCAAGCCUCCGGCGCCCAGAACUGCGGCUUCCAGUUUAUGGCUUUACACUACCGGGUUGGGGUCGUUUUUUGCCCCUAGUCCUGACAGUUGUGACCCUGGCCACCUCAGGGAUGGCCCAAUCCCGUGUCUGCCUCUGACACCCCACCUCAUUGAUUGCAUCCCACAAACACCUGCCAAUCCAAGCCCGUCCUUGCAUCCAGGACGGAACCAGCUCCCGCUCCUCUUCCCCCACCCCCACAGGUGCCUUAAAGGGCCCUCGUCCACCAGAGGUGGAGGGCAGGGGGCUCACUCUCCGG